AUGUCAUACUUUACACCUCUAAAUGGAUUGAGCGGUGGUGCUGUCAUUGGAUUAUCCGCCGGUGCUCUGCUAUUGCUAUCGGGAGAAAUUCUUGGUGCCAGUGGAUUGGUCUCGUCUACCAUUCUAUACCCUCAAAAGGCCCUUUCGGAUCCUUCCAUCACUUGGAAAUUGGUCUUUAUUUCGUCGUUCUUGGUCUUUUCCAACUCGGUCCUCGGACAAUAUUUUGCGUCGGAUCCUCGAAUGGAACAAGACGAACAUUUGAUGGUGGUCAGCACGGCAGGAUAUUUGCUAGGCGGUGCCUUGGUGGGAUUCGGUACUCGAUUGGGAAAUGGAUGUACCACGGGCCAUGGAAUUUGUGGAUUGGCCAGAAUGAGCAAGCGUUCCUUGGUGGCCGUGAUUGCCUUUAUGCUUUCGGCCUUGAUCACGGCCAACCUUGUGGCGCCCGACAAUUCCAUGUUUAGCGAAAUGACUUCCUUUCUCCGCACAAAUGAGGCUCCCCAGCUCGAAAAUGCCGUCCUGGGCAAGACGGUCACCAUGCCAGUGGUCAUGGCCACCAUGAUUGCGCUCUACAAUUUGCGCAAGGCUACCGAAUCGCUCGAAGAAAAGGAAGAAAAAGCAGUCGUGGACAAUACAACUACUUCUACUACUACUACUACUACAAGCGCCGCUGAAGAGAAGAAGGAAGAAGAUACCAAAUCAACGGAAAAGCCAAAGGACGAAAUCGAAGUCUCCCGUAAAUUCGAUUCCAAAAAGAGAAUACCCGGCCGUCGCGAACGUGUCAUUAUUCAAGAUGCCACUGGAAAGCUAUUGCCUGCCAUUUUUGCUGGAUCCCUCUUCGCGUUGGGAUUGGCCUUGUCGGGUAUGGUGGUUCCAUCCAAGAUUUUGGGAUUCUUGAAUUUAUAUUUGGCACAACAAGGAACCUGGGACCCUACCUUGCUCAUGGUCAUGGGCGGUGGCUCCAUCUUUAGUUGGAUCGCUUACCAAUUUGUGGACGGAUUUGGAGUCAUUCCCAACAAGUAUUCUAUUUCGGCUCCCCGAGGAUCCAGUUCGUUUUGCAACAUUCCUACCAACACCAAGAUUGAUGCCAAUUUGGUAAUUGGUGGUUCGGUCUUUGGUAUCGGAUGGGGAAUUGCAGGUUUGUGUCCCGGUCCUGCCAUGUUCUUGGCCGCGACGGGGACGCAACCAAUCAUUCAAUACUGGUGGCCCAUGUUCAUUGGAGGUGCCUUUGUGGCACAAAAAGUCAAGGAAAUGAAGUGA